UACACACACGUGACCACACUUCGAUCAACCAGAGGCCAAGGGUGAAUUGACUCAGAUUUAUAAGUUAACUCGAUCUCUUGGGACUCAGUCAGUCAGUGUUGCAUUCCCAAUACCAGCCGCAAUAUACCCGUGUAGACACAGAUGUCGGCCAAGACGAUCCCGCAGUCGCAGAGGCAGUCCAUUCUGGACCCAUCGGAGAAGUUGCGUCCAGAGGCAGUCUACGAUGGGAAACUGCAGAGUCAGUUCAGGAAUUUCUCGGAGGACCACACGGACCCCAUAAAGGCCCGUGUUCGGAAAACGUAUCAUCAUAUGCACACCAAUCAAACCGUGGAGUUCGUCAGAUCUCGCAUGAAGGAAUGGCUGCAGUUCAACAAGUUCAAGAUGAGCGUGAAGGAUGCUCUGAUCAAGCUGAACGACCUGGUGGAUGAGAGCGAUCCGGACACCAAUUUGCCAAACAUCGUGCACGCUUUCCAGACAGCGGAGUCCAUCAGGAAGGACCAUCCUGACUUGGACUGGUUCCACUUGACUGGCUUGAUCCACGACUUGGGCAAGGUAAUGGCGUUCUACGAAGAGCCGCAAUGGGCGGUGGUGGGCGACACGUUUCCGGUUGGUUGCGCUUGGGCUGACUCGAUCGUUUAUAGGGAGACCAGCUUCGAAAACAACCCUGACGGAAACGACCCGCGAUACAACACGAAGUAUGGCAUGUACAAGCCGAAAUGCGGCCUGAAGAACCUGACGAUGUCCUGGGGACACGACGAGUAUCUGUACCGCGUGUUGGCGCACAACAAGACCAAACUGCCCAAAGAGGGUCUGGCCAUGAUACGUUAUCACUCGUUCUAUCCCUGGCACGCAGGUGGCGAUUACAUGCACUUCUGCACCGACGAAGACAUGGAGAUGCUGAAGUGGAUCAACGAGUUCAAUAAAUACGAUCUGUACACGAAAAGCGGCGGUGUCCCCGACAUCGAGAAACUCUGGCCCUACUACGAGAAGCUGAUAGACAAGUAUAUCCCAGGCGAGUUGGAGUGGUGAAGCCCCAUUCCUGAUCAUCCAGUAACGAGAACCAAUCGAUCACCGAUCAACGACAGCGGUGGAAGCGGAAACGAGACGGAUCGCAGGACAUAUCGUAUUUAUCGCUCGACGUGGCUCUCAAUCGUCGGAAGAUUGCUCUACAGUCUGAAACGCGCCACGUUCGCUUGCUCGUCUAUUUUGCACGAUCGAAUCGUGUCUGAGUGACGGACAGGCGAGCAUGAACCGACGAAAAUUCCAGCUUUGAUGAGUAACGGGGAAGAACGAUGCCUCGCUCGAGAAUUUCACUCACCUGUCGAUCGAUAGUCUGGCCACACGCGAACACCGCUUUCCGGCCGCCUCUGCGCUGACCGAGGGACCGAUUUCGCGUUCUUCCACGAUUUUUUAAUACAGCGGUGCACGAAGUAUGGUUCGUGGGUUCAAGCUGAGGGUAAUUUCAAAAAUAUGAAUUUGUUGGAUGAUUUUAUGUUUUGAUCGUUCACAAAUAUCAAAAUAUUGAUCGUUUAAAUAUAGUAAUGGGAGUUUUCUAUAGAGAUAUGGUCUAUGUUGUUAUACUCAGCUAUGAAAUAACACUUUUGGGAUUAAAAAUACGCUUUCUUAUUUUGUUCGUUAUCAAAAAGGCUGCUAGAAUUAUUUUCUUUGCACUAAAGGUUACUAUGACAUAUAUCAUAGUUACACUCGAUUAUGAAAUAACACUUUUUGGGUUAAAAAUUCGCUGUUUUAUUUUGUUCGCUAUCAAAAAGGCUGCUAGAAUUAUUUUCUUUGCACUAAAGGUUACUAUGACAUAUAUACUUGUUCUUUUCUAGCGAGAAAUAUUGUGCACCACUGUUUUAACAAGUUUGCUAUCAUGUAUCACGUACAGGGUGUCCUGGGAAGUAUUCGAGGAACCUAACACACGUGUUCAGCAGGUUCCAUGUAAUUGGCUAACAAGAUAGUUGGUUAAAUAUUUCACAGGACACCCUUCAUGGCACGCCGAUUUUUAUGUUAGACCAAGGCCCGCAUGUACACGACACGAUUUGGUAUUUUAUAUCCGUAUAAACGUAUGUAGUAUGAACCAUGGAAACUCACCCCCAGAGGGGUCUUGAAAUUGAAAUGAAUGUAGGAAUCUAAUGAUUUUAAAACGUA